AUGCCACUCCUCGCGUCGCUGCUGCUCGCUCCGGCCCAGGUCGUGCUCGACCCGUCCGGCAUUGCGAUGCCCAUGUUUGACGCGGAGAGGCGCUUCCACGAGAACGUCGCGCGCUCGCGCUGGUCUGCCAACACCAUGGAGUACGUCGACGGCGUGUCGUCGUCGGUGCUGCGGCAUCCGUACACGAUCGCGCACGCCGCCGCGAGUGAGCUCUUCGUCGCCUCGUUCACGCUCAACCACGUCGUGCGGCUGCGCUGGAUCGACGGCAAGCGCGCGCAGUACAAAGUGUUUGUCAAGGGACGAGACCUCGACGGCCCGGUCGGGAUGGCGCUUGACCACGCCGGCUCGCUCUUCAUCGCCUCCUUCACGAACGACGUCGUGCUGCGCGUCAACGCGUCGGACGGGGCGCUGCUCGACCGGAUCGGCGACGAGGAGAGCCUCGACUGCCCCGAGGGGCUCGCCCUCUCGCCCGACGGCCGCCUCUUUGUCGCCUCCUUCCUCCUGCCGCACCUGUCCGUCUUUGACCCGCAGAGCGGCGCCUUCCUCGGCAGAUUUGGAGCGCUGGCGCCGCAGCCGGCGCAGGCGGCGCCGCGGCCGGCGCCCUCGCUCGCCGGCGCAGAGGACGUCGCCUUUGACUCGGAGGGCGCGGUGCACGUCAGCGCCUACUACAGCUCGGCGGUCUACAAGUUCGACGCGCAGAGCGGCGCGCUGCUCGCCGUGUACGGCCAGGGCCUCGUCAGCGGUCCGGUCGGCAUCGCCUGCGACCCGUCCUCGGGAGACAUGUUCGUGUCCUCCUACCGCGACGAUAAGGUGCUGCGCUUCACGCCCGGAGGCGCCUUCGUCGGCGUCGCCGCCGGCGCAGACGUGUCGCCCGACGGCGAGGCGGGCGCCGCGCAGGCGGAGCUGCGGGCGAGGAGGCAGCGGCGUGGCGCCACGAUCCGCAGCCCGAGCGGCCUCUCCUUCGACCCGCACGACGGCACGCUCUGGGUCGCCUCGUACGCCACGGGCGCGGUGACACGCUUCAACAGCAGCGCGUGGGGCGGCGGCCGCACCUGGCGGGUGACCGACUGA